AGUUGAUCUUUGGGUCACGGUGAAGGUGGAAUCAUUGGCAAAUACUCGCGCGCGAGUGCAUUCAAAAAGUUCGCGUGUUAUCAGAACAAAAAAAAAAAGAUCCGGUGAAUUGAUGAACUUUCCGUGCUCCUGACUUUUUUAUCAGCAUGGUACAUGAGAGUUAAAUAAAUAUUCGAGUAGUGGAGAGUGAUUGACACACUCAAUUAAUGUAAUUGAUAUAUUCGUUGUGUUUUUUUUGGUUCCAAUUGUUCAUGGUGGAAGGGGUUAAAGGAAUCUGAUGGAAACAUACAAAUUCUACAAUUAAACAUAUUUAAUUGAGAAUUUUGAUGGAUAGGCCCUGUGUCAUGUAUUAAACAGGAGCAAUCGUGGUAAUAUUUGGAUGGUGAGGAACUGUUUGGCUCCCAAGAGAAAGCUCACGCACAGAAAAUUCACUCAGCAAAUGCGCGCGAAAUUUUGGAGUAAAGUUGCUUUGAGUGCCGUGAGAGCUUUUCCAUCCAGUUGAUCUUCGGAUUGAAUGAGGAGCGGGCUGUUGCGAGUAGAUGACGGAGUAACUUUUGGGUGCUGUUUCGAAGUGUAGAAGAAGUUCUUGAAAGCCUGUCUUUGUGCUGACACAGUCUAUGAAUAAGGAUUCAUGGGAUUUUAGUGCAGUGGAACGAUGAUUCAAAUAAGUGGAUAUGAAUUUUAAAAAAGGAAAUGUAUUCAGUGUCAUCUGUUGAAACUCCAGUGUUAAAUUGCUUGUGUGCUUGUCAUUCAUAAUUCAGCGUGUAUGUUCUUAAUGUGUCCUCGUAGGUUCUGCAGUUGAUUGAGGGUGUUGGAAUGAGUGAGUGAUUAAAGUCAAAAACAUUAAGUGGGAUUGCACCUAGGGGUGCUUUAUGUCGUGCAAAAGUGUGCCAAAUUGAUUGAUUAUUGUGGAUAUACCUGUUCAUGGAUGUACUUAAUAUUGUGCUCAUAAUUAAUGCAAAAGUAUCAACGGAUUAAGUGUUCUUGUGGAUUUGUGUAUUGAGAUUUCCGUUACAUAUUUUUCCUGUAAAAACAUUGAGGAUAAACUGAAAAAAUACAAGAAUAUAGAGACAAUUUUCGGUGAGGCCGGCAGAACUUGAGAACGCUUAAAUACAAGAUGAAUGAAUUUGCGUGAUAAACGAAAGCCGGGUGUAACAAGAUGUCCAAUAGUCAUUCGGGGACGAUUGGUCGGAACCGUGGACUCGCAUUUGGCAGUAGCCAAAUGAGACGUCAACGGUCAGUGGAGUGGUCUCAUGAACGAAGUGGUGGCUACAGUAGCAGCGAUGAGGAUGAUCGGAUUGCAAGAAACUCCAUUGGUCCUACAGUUGACAGCAACUUUCUAGCCACACUCAUAGCACAAACUCAGCAAUUGCGAAAACUUUUGCCUGAAUCAGGACGACCUUAUGACUGUGAUACAGACGAUGUAAUUAAUUCUCCCAACACUGCCAAUCGUCAAUCUCCCUUGCAACUGCGCCAGGCGUCACCCUUUCCCCAUGAGGCGACAAAUUCGCGCCGAAAACACUAUGCCACCCCCCAUGAACGCCUCCGAAGCAAUGGGGAUCUCAUGUUCUCCACGAGUUCCGCUAAGGCGGUCCUCUUGCCAAGUAACGUCAUCAGGAGCAACCGAGGUAUGACGUCGUCCAGCAGUGCAACAUCUUCGGUUAGCAACCACAAUGAUCGAUCAUCGCAACAGGAGAGAGAUAUUCCGGAAAGUGUUGUAAUGAAAUCGACCACUUCCAAGCAGCACAUUCCCGAAGAUUUUGACGUCCGCAAUGACGAGCCCCCACCUGAACCGGCGCCCCCAGAAGUACCCCCUAGAGGCCAUUCACUCCUCCAAUCGAUGUCUUCGAUGCGUAAACGUUCCGAUUACCAAAUACAUAUACAGGAAAAUAAUUGCGACCAGAAACAUGAAGAAUUUAUACCACAAGAGAAGCAGCAAGAGUACUUAAUGACCGGAAGUCCUCGCGCCACAGGAUAUCCGGCCCGAUCGCCCAUGUCCAAUGGUCCUCAAAAUCAAGCCAGGUAAGCCCAAUGCUAUUUGACAAACCCCAAACCACAGUCUUUAAGAGGUAAGGUUACAUGCAAUGUUUUAAGAAUUGCCCAAGAAAAACUGACUGCCUUUUAUCAGCCGAAUUGUAAUAUUUUAUCACACUUCCAAGAUUAAAUAAUUAUGUCGUUAUUCGUACAUUAUUGUAAUUACCUGAGGUAAACCGAUGAUCUAGUCAGAAAAAGCACUUUCAAGUUGAAAAAUUACAAUACUUGUUUAAAGGAUUUAUUUCAAUUAAAUGAGUAAAAUGUCAUUAUUUUAUGAAUUACCAAUGUUUUAUGACUUGUCUUUAUGACGGAGCCAAAAACAUCAUUUAUUGCUACUUGGGAUAUAUCUUGAUAGUUCAACACCAUCAAAUGAAUGCUUUUCCCAGUUAUGUAAGCAAUUUUAUAAAUAUCUUUAUAAAACAAGAUUAAUUGCACGUACCCCAUAAUACGAUUUAAGAAAAAAAUCAAGUAGUGUGGAGUAACCACUUAUCGCCACUUUUAGGAAAAGUGAAAUUAACCCUAUAAUAACUUUUGACCCCUUACAAUCAGAUAACUCAAAUUUGACACAAAGUUAUUUGGAUAUAUUGGCUCUAGAUUCGUCAAAACAAAAAUCCUACAAUUUAACGCGGGAGUACAUAAAAAGCUGAUUUUUAUUAACAAUGCAAAAAUAACCACUUCGUCGCCACUUUUUACCCCUUUUCGCCAGUUCUGUAGCCACUUCUCGACACCCACUUAGAAAGGUUCAAAUUCAAUUAUUUUUGGCAUUAUUAUGCAAAGAAUACAUUUAGCAUUUCUUUUUCCUCAUGAUCACCUUAUUAAUACUCACAAAUUAAAUGAUUUUUAUUCACUUUUAUUUGAGAAAUCAAAUUAUUAGACUAUUGCAGAGAGUAAGCAAAGCAGAACUUACAACUGAGAAUCUAUAAAGUGAAGUUGGUUUCGCCUAUUGAAAAGCAAUGGCGACAGGUGGUGAAUCAAUUUUAGAAUAUUACCACUUUCCGCCAUGGCCCAUUUUUACAUAAAAAUAAUAUAAAAUGAGACAUUAACUAACUAAAUACAAAUUUUAUGUAUUCGCCGAAUGCAAUUAAUUGUUCAAUAGACAAAUUAUUUAUUCAAAAUCGUAAAUUUUGUUCGAUAAAAGUUUCAUGGCACUUACUAUAUUUGGUAAGAAAUAUUGGAUGUGAUGCACUUGCUUAAAAUAUUCCCCUAAAAAAUGCUAAAACAUUUUAAUUCAAAACAAAAUUAGUGUUUUUCGACUCUAUAAGUAACAGCAGUAGAGAUACAAAUAAUUUUACGCCUAAUUUAUUUGACAAAUAAUGGAAAAAUUGCAAUUUCAAUUUAAGUGGCUAGAAGUGGUGAUUCCACUCUAUUUAGAGAUCAUACUGAAAAGGGAUAAUUUCAUAAUUGCCAAAGAAUCAAUAUAGCACAGAAUCCUGAAGCAAAAUAGCACCACUUAAAUUUUUCCAGUUAGUCAACCUCAAGAAAGUCCUCAAGAAUAAAUCGCAAUAUGAGGGAUUUAGGUUAAAUCAACAGUUUAGUCAUUGUUUGAAUGCCAAUUUCAUUAAAUUCAACCCUAUUCAAAUUCAACCCAAUAAAAUUCUGAGUUCUCUAGUGUUUCACUUGAGGAGCUAUCAACAGUCAAGUCUUUCUUCUGGGGGCAACAUUACAUAUUUCUGUGAUGGUGUAGGACUUUUCAUGUGCAAUGGGGAACAUAAUAUGCAAAAAUUGACUCAAUUGUGUAAUUCUCCGUCAUCUGGUGGAAAACACUGUGCUCAACACGGUAUUCCUCCCUGGGCUCCCUUUGUCCUCCCCAACAGCCUGAGUGUAACUUGCAAUAAUUCCCAAUUUUAUUGCGUAUCUCUUCCGCCUCUCAACGAUGGAGAUUCUUUCUUAUUGGAUUUUUCAAUGUGAAGUAUAUUGAAUUUAAUGAUGCACAUAUUCUAAAGAGCUAUUCAAGAUAUGACAAUGUAUAUUGUACAAUAAUCCAGGGUGAAGAAUAAAAAAUUUCCACAUCCCCUUUCCAGCAUUACAAUUUUUUUCUCUCUUCAAUACGCUGAAGGACAAUUGUAUGGUAUUUAAUUUUAGCUAUGGCAUACCUUUCAAUCUCACCGUGAUUGUACAUGUAUCCUUGCCAGGGAAGGGUCGUCAUAGUGAUGGAAGGCGAAAUAUGUUUCUCUCUAAACUUGAGACGUCUCCAUUGAAUUGUACGAAAGAUGAUAUAAUGCACACGACAUAAUCUCUGUUUCGGCAGCACCAAAAAAAAAAA